UCAUCUACAUCAUCUACUGCUUCUUACCAAAGCCUAUCACCGCAAGGUAAGCCAUUCUCCUUGGAGAACAAUAUAAAACAUAAUUUUAUGAGCCAUUGCAUUUCCGACGACAUGAUGAUGAUAAUGCCGCCCCUCCCGCUGUCUGUGCCAUGCCCUGAGCGAGUAUGCUAACGCCUAUUUGUUGUUUUUCUCUUUUCUAUUAUUUUAGCGUCAAAGUCAUCGCUGGCCUCCAAGAGGAACGUGCCUCGCUCUAUGUCUCUUUCGUCAACGACUUCUUCCAGCGUCCCCGACUUGUUUCGUCGCCAGAGUAGUAGCGCCAGCUUCAGCGGCAGCAUCAGUACGCCCCUCUAUACCCCAAGCAAGAGCUCCGACCCAAUGCAGGGCAUCCAUCCUCGCCAAAUUGGGUUGGGCUCCUUCUUGCUAUGGCUCAGAGAGCAUCCAGCCUCCACCAAGGUCGGAUCUGAGAACCUCGUCAGGUUUCUCUUGGUCAAAAGUGUCUCGCUCAUGGCUGCCUCCCUCGGAUGUGUCUACGGCCUGGUCUUCGACAAACAGGUCUCUAUCUCCGCCUGCUCGCUCCUCUUGUUCUUCCUUCCUGCUGUCCAGGGCGCAACGGGCGCGACUCGUCUCUGUGGCCUUAUUCUCUCCCUCGCCCUCGCCUUUGUCUUCCUCAGCUUCCAGACCCGGUCCAUGUCUCUUCUCGGGCCCAGUCUGGAGACGACCUUGUUGUUUGGAUUACCUUUGAUGACUGGAAUGCUUGUUGGUCGCAGGGUUGGUUUGGUUACUUGUGUUGCUGUUCUGUGUUACUCAAUUGAGGAAUACCGUUCCAAGGUCAAGAGCACAACACUAUCAGGGGAAGAAGCCGCUCGCCUCUGGGCAGGGUUCGGUGCCUAUUGGAUUGCAUUGGUGUUCCUGAGCGCCAUGACGUGUCUCUAUCAGUGGUGCGUCGAGGUCUGUGUGCGCGACGCGAAUCUUUUCAAAGAUAUUGCUGUUGCCAAUGCAAAGUCCAAGGACGGCGUCGUCUCGUCUGUCUCUCAUGAACUGAGAACUCCAUUGGCUGCGUUGAUUGGCUGGACCGAGCUCUUGAUGAGCGACCACACCCUCAGCUCAAGCGCGCAGUCGACCGUGUCGAUGCUCCACUCCUCGACGCUCUCAUUGUUGACCAUCCUGAACGCACUGCUGGAUGUCUCCAAGGUCUCGGCAGCCAAAAUGACCAAUUGCAGCCAAAACUUUAACCUCCAUGACCUCGUGCUCGACACCGCCAGAAUGAUGACUGGACUCUCUGGCACCCGCACAGUUGAGCUCCUGGUCGACUUUAGCGCCCAGGUCCCUGAGUUGGUCCGCGCUGACCCUGGCAUCAUCAAACAAGUCUUGGGCAAUCUAAUCUCCAAUGCCAUCAAGUUUACGGAUGUCGGUUAUGUCAACGUUGGCGUCUCAUUGAAGGAGGAAGAUGAUGAUACAGUGACGGUCGAGUUUGUGGUUCAGGAUACUGGCAAAGGCAUUGCCGAUGAGCAAAAGGACAAGCUGUUUGUCGAGUUCAGCCAGGUCGAGGGCGGCACCUGCAAGACGCACGAGGCUGGGACCGGCCUUGGCCUUUUUUUGGUCAAGAAUCUAGUCGAAGUCAUGAACGGCUCUGUCUUUGUCACUAGCCAGCUCGGCGUUGGAUCUACGUUCGGAUUCGUGAUCAAGAUGGAGAAGCAGUUUCUCGCGUUCCGCACGCCCGGAUACGACCACGUUGUUACGGUUUCAUCUGCAUUUCAGGCUGGAAUGGUUCAGGAAAUGGAUCCGUCCUCGCCUGUGCUUCCCGUCACCCCAGGACUUGCACGUAGCACGACUCCUUCGGCCACGAACGAGUCGAUGACGGGUAUCAAGAUGACCCCGGUCUUAACCCCAGCAACACCUAAGGAUCCGAACCAGGCCAAGGACUACUUUACGUUGCAGCCUUCGGAGGUGACCCGAGCUAACGCCAACAACAUCACCCUUCGAACUCGGGACCACGCCUUUCUCUCUAACAGACAGUAUUAUUUGCAUUCUCAGUGCGGAUAUUUCGAGGACUUUUUGUGGAACACGGCCGCUGGACGCUGGAAGGCACAAGCCGUCCGUCGACUUUCGUAUGAAGAAUGCAUCCGCGGAUGGCACACUGAUCUCAGCGCCGACGAUUCCAUGGCCCGCUUUGGCGAUGUGUUUCUGAUCGACCUGAGCCCCGCCACGAACCGAUCAAAGUCCGAGACUUUGCUCACGGAUCAGGAGCACGCUCGUCUAUUCUUGGUCAAGAUGUCGAAGCUGCUGAUUACUCGAGCCAAGGCGCGCAUUGGAAAAGCUCGUCAAGCAUCGAUCAUCCUGUUUUAUCCCUUUGGGCACCCUCCCUCGGUUGCACAGGAACCCCUGUUGACUCUCGGCCAGUACUACCAGAUCUCGCUCUGCCGUAAACCCGUGUCCGAAAGGGCCUUGGGCGUCAUCAUCAAGAAGCAGGUUGUUACAGUCCAGGCGAAAGUGAGCGAGGGCGAAUCAUGCCCGAGCACGACCAAUGCGUCUUCGACAUCUGUGUCAUGCACAUCAAACGUGCGCAGUCCUGACCGCCAGGAGGCAAAGAGGGCUUCCACUCUGCCUUCGGUGGGUUCCAAGAACGUGCCUACAGGCUCAAGCGCUGUCUCCUCUUCCUCCUCUACCUCUUUAGCCUCUUCAGCCUCUUCAGCCUCUUCAGCCUCGGCCUCACCCAAGCUUGGAAGCGUCUCUCAGCAGUCGACAAGCGACAUGGAGAGCGGCAGCUCUAAAGUCGCGAGUGCCCCCCAGGCCUCCCAUGUCCGAUUCGCAAAGAAGAACGGGUCUGUGCCCAAGAUCACCCUGGAUGGCAAUGACAGCCCAAUUCUGUCUUCAUCGAUUGAAUCCCUAUCCAAGGCAUCUGAUCGACUACCCAAAGGUCUGCUGAAGCGCAGGUCAAUCAAUAUCAAAAGCAUGGCACGACCAGCGCUCAUUUCGAAUGACAGCAUCCAAUCUCUUAAUGCGUCCGGCAAGCGUGUGCUGAUUGUAGACGACAACUCUUUCAAUCGCAAUCUACUCUUUCACCAGCUGAGGAAGCUAGGGGUGUCCAAGGUCGAUCAGGCAGGGUCUGGCCAAGAGGCCGUCGACAUGUUCCUUCCUGGUAUUCACGCUCUGGUCUUGAUGGAUCUGAAGAUGCCCAUCAUGGGCGGUUUCCAGGCAACGACGCUGAUCCGCGAGAAAGAGCUCGCCUACUGGGGCCCCUCAGCCGUUCAUCACGAGAACAAGGGCUCCCCGCUCUUGCAGACCCUGAACGAAAGCUGGCUGGAUGACAACUGUCCAUGGUCACCAGAGCGGUUUGCUGGCCCCCCUGACAUGGCCGACAUGACCAAACGACGAGAAUCUGGAAGUACUUCCUCUUCACGGAAACAGAGCAGCGACUCCAAGACCGAGGUAGCUCAACCCGCAAGCAUCGUUGCUGUAACGGCCGACUGGACAGCAGAGAUUGGCGAGGAUCGUGAAAAGGCAUUGAGUGGCGGCUUUGACGAUGUGAUGGUGAAACCCAUCUCGUUGCCCUCGCUGUCAAUCCUUUUGGAGCGUUAUAUGGAGGUUACGGACUAGAUACAAUGAUGUUUGUGCACUCCUGCACUCGAGUCCUCUUCGCCCCUCCCCUCUCUCUUUUUUAUUUCUUUUUCUUUGUUUCUUUUUUUUUUUUCUUAUCGUCCUCUUCCUGCCUUGUUACCAUUAUCCUGUAUACUAUCUAUCCAUCAUAAUAGCUUCCCCUACUCUCCCCCACCUUUGGCGCGUGUAAGAUUAUUUCACUUGGUCAGCUCUUUUAACAUUUUCAUGACUUAGACACUCGUUCUCUUUUUUUUUUUCAUAUUGCGAAAGAGGGGGCGCUUACUCGCAAAUGACCUGUACUCAUUACCCGCUGUAACAACACUCGGCUCGACUGACUUGACUCGAUAAAAAAGAAUCCUCUCGGCAGACAUCAUUCUCCCUUCUCUUCACACACACAUCAUGUAAAAUAAAAGUCCUUCAUACGUUCAUCCUCAAUCAUCA